AUGCAUUCUCCUUCUUCUGAUGAGGUUAAUCAACCCCCCUCCCAAAUGCGGCGAGAUAAACUCACCUUACGUCUUGCCGAGAAGGAACGUGAACUGGAACGUAUGUCCUGGGAUCGGGCCUGUCAGCUGGCCGCCCUGCAUGAUAUGGGCACCCUGUAUCGUCUUGCAAAAUCUCGCGUGCAUGCGGAAAAGGCGAUGAAGGAGGAAUACCAGUCUAGCCUGCAACACCAACUUAGCCUCCAAGAACGUUUGCAACGAGAGCACGAGACGGAGAUAUCUCUCCUUCGUGCGUGCCUUAACGCCAAGCAAGACACGAUCGCUCAGCAACAAGCAGUCAUCAGAUCCUUACACGCAGAGCUGGCUCGAGCCUUGAACGCCCCAGAGGCUCCUGAGUUCCCAGACAUUUCUUCACGCAGCAUGACUGCCAUUCUCCGUUCUUUUGCAAGUCAGGAGAAACCAUCUGUGGUCGUUCUGCAAGCUCUGAACGAAGAGUUAACACAAGGCCUAUCUUCUGAUCCCGCUACUUCCGUCGGUCUGCAACCUUUGGAACCCCAAACCUCAAAUGCAGUAGCCACUUCGACACUUAUUGAACCAUCUGCCCCCAGCCCUGCAGACUCAGCCCUACUCCGAGUCUCUGAUCGACCUGCAACUGAGCCAUCGCCAGCAGGACAAGUGCCCUCUCCCCCUCCUACUAUGAACCUGCGUCUUGAGCGCGAGGGCAAAAGAGUGGCGCCGGUCACCGCGACUUCUCCUCCACCCCCUCGCCGUCAACGUGUAGUUGGUAUCUCUUCUCCUUCUAGGUCCUCGGAUACAAGCUUGGCCCAGGAGAAGGCCUCUGAUCUGGGAAUUGCAGACCUGUCAUUGGAGAUCUCGUGCAAAGAAAACUUCCUGAAUACACGAACCUGUUCCGCGAGUUUGAGUGCCGUUCAACAAGCAGCCGAGCUUCAGCGAGAGAAUGCGGUGCUCAAGGCCAGUCUCCGGGAACUAGAGCCUCUUGUGGCUUCCUCAACUCCUCCUGAGCCUUCACUUGGAAAUUUGGAUGUCUAUCUGCGUGCCGCUGGGGAAUCUACGUCCUCUGCCCGAGCCAACUCCCAUGCCGCCUUCGAUAAGCUACAAAAGUUGGAGGCGGCCUUAAAGACGAGUGAAUCCUCAUUGGCUUCUGAAGCGGAGUGCCAUCGAUCGGCAGUUUCUGAACUGAAAAAUAAAGAGGCAGAGCUGCUUUCCCGAUCAGCUGAGUUGACACUGUUACGGCAAAGUCAGGAGCUCCUGCAAAUAGGAUUGGCCGAUGCCCAGGCUCUGGCUCUUGCUUCCGUUGCCCGGGAGGUAACCAUGCAGACUCAAUGGGAAACUUGCCAAGCCACUCUUCAAUCUUUGCAAGCAGAUCUCUUGAAGGCCCAGGAAGCAGCAUCUCAGGGCCAGAGCGACUUAUCCGUGGCCCGCGCUGAGGCUGCCGAGAACAAAAAUAGCUUGGAAGUGUACCAGGCUGGCGAACCAGGGCGGCUGAAAGUCUACAGACUGGCCUACAUCCGCUCUUCCUUAUUCCUCCGAAAGCUGGGGAGCUAG